AAAGUUAGUACAAUAGUAUUUAUAUAGAUAAUAAUCCAUGUGUAAUAUUAUGUAUUCCAUGUGCCUAUAAAAACAAUAUAUUUUAGAAUUACAUUGCGUGAAACUCUCAUAUGUCAUUGUGUCAAUUUUGAGGUAUCUCUAGUUUCAGAACAAUCUUGAGCCUUUAUCAUGCCUUCUGAUGCCAAAAAACGUGAACAGCAACGCAAGAAGGAGCAAGCGAAAGCCAGACAGGCUGGCAAAAAAGUUGCAACUAAAAAUGGUGAAGAAAAUGACAAAGAACAAUCUCCAGCCCCCAACCAAACUAAUGGAGUGAAAAGUAAUGGAACUACAGAGCUCUCUGCAGAAGAAAUUCUUUGUGCGAAACUGGAAGCAGAAGCAAAAUUGAAUUCUGAUGCCAGGUCUUGCACAGGAUCUUUAGCUGUCCAUCCACGCUCAAGGGAUAUUAAAAUAGCUAAUUUUUCUGUAACUUUCUAUGGUUGUGAAUUGCUUCAAGACACUCUUUUAGAAUUAAAUUGUGGGAGGAGAUAUGGUCUUUUAGGCCUUAAUGGAAGCGGCAAAUCAUCACUAUUGUCUGUUCUUGGUAAUCGUGAAGUACCAAUUCCUGAGCAUAUAGACAUCUUUCAUUUAACUAGAGAAAUGCCUGCUAGUGAUAAAUCUGCUUUGCAAUGCGUUAUGGAAGUUGAUGAAGAAAGGGUUAAACUUGAAAAAUUGGCUGAGGAACUUGCACAGUGUGAUGAUGAAGACUCUCAAGAUCAAUUGAUGGAUGUCUAUGAACGCUUGGAUGAUAUGUCUGCGGAUACGGCUGAGGCAAGGGCUGCACAUAUAUUACAUGGUCUUGGAUUUACAAAAGAAAUGCAAAACAAAGCUACAAAGGAUUUCUCUGGAGGAUGGCGUAUGAGAAUUGCUUUGGCUAGAGCCUUGUAUGUUAAGCCACAUCUUUUGUUACUUGACGAACCAACAAAUCAUUUAGAUCUUGAUGCAUGUGUAUGGUUAGAAGAAGAAUUGAAAAGCUAUAAAAGAAUUCUGGUAAUUAUAUCACAUUCUCAAGAUUUUCUUAAUGGCAUUUGUACAAAUAUUAUACAUGUUACUAAGAAACGCCUCAAGUACUAUACUGGUAAUUAUGAAGCGUUUGUUAGAACUAGAAUGGAAUUAUUAGAAAAUCAAAUGAAACAGUACAACUGGGAACAAGAUCAGAUAGCACAUAUGAAGAAUUACAUUGCAAGGUUUGGUCACGGUUCUGCAAAACUAGCCAGACAAGCUCAAUCUAAAGAAAAAACUUUGGCUAAAAUGGUUGCCCAAGGUCUUACUGAAAAAGUAACUGAUGAUAAGGUUCUUAACUUUUACUUCCCUAGUUGUGGCACUGUGCCUCCACCGGUCAUCAUGGUGCAAAAUGUUAGUUUUCGUUAUAAUGAAAGUACACCAUAUAUAUACAAAAAUUUGGAGUUUGGUAUUGAUUUGGAUACAAGGCUGGCUUUGGUUGGUCCUAAUGGAGCAGGAAAGUCCACGCUACUCAAAUUGCUGUAUGGUGAUUUGGUGCCUACAUCCGGGAUGAUAAGAAAGAACUCUCAUUUGAGGAUAGCUAGGUAUCAUCAGCACUUGCAUGAGUUACUGGAUAUGGAUUUGUCACCAUUAGAAUAUAUGAUGAAAGCUUUCCCAGAAGUUAAGGAACGUGAAGAGAUGCGAAAAAUUAUUGGUCGUUAUGGACUUACUGGAAGGCAGCAAGUUUGUCCAAUUCGUCAACUCUCUGAUGGUCAACGUUGUAGAGUGGUAUUUGCAUGGCUUGCCUGGCAAGUCCCGCAUCUUCUUCUACUUGAUGAACCUACCAAUCAUUUGGAUAUGGAAACAAUUGAUGCCUUGGCUGAUGCCAUCAAUGACUUUGAUGGUGGCAUGGUUCUAGUUUCUCACGACUUCAGGCUCAUUAAUCAGGUCGCUGAAGAGAUUUGGGUUUGUGAGAACCAGACAUGCACAAAAUGGCAAGGGGGUAUUUUGAAGUACAAAGAUCACCUCAAGAGCAAAGUUCUGAAGCAAAAUGCUGCUAAUCAAGCAAAUUUAAGAAAAUAGUUCUUUCAACUAAUUCACUAGAAGAAUGUACAUCUGUUAUUUUGCAAUGCUGGAGUACUUUUUACAAGCUUUCUUUAUUAAUUGUUUUCUGAUAUAUUUUUGUUAAAACAUGACUUCAGUAAGAUGUUACUAUAUUCAUUCUAAUAAUAUUUGGUAUUACAAUGGUAUAAAAGAAAAUUGAAUAUAGCACUUCAAAAAGAA